UACGGACGCUGUGCGUCGUGAAGCGUGGCUGUGUGUUUUGCUGGUAACAUUUUGCGGACAUGGAAACCGACCACAAAUCUGAAGAAAUUCGGAGACCCUUGGAUGUUAAACGAUCUCGUGCAGAACAAGAGCUGCAAGAGGACGAGCCAGGUGGAUUCCAAUUCGCACCCCUGCCCAAGAGGAAGGCCCUUCCACAACCGACUCCAAAGGUCGAGGAAAUUGAUCCAGCCAUCGUGAAGAGGGAGGAGCGUAGGAUGAGGAAAAAGGCUGCUCACUUACUGAAAAUCCCCAGCGGUGUCUGGGUCUCGAAUGCAGAGGUUGACAAGGCUUUGAAUGCAAUGGGGUACAAGGAAACAAGGAAGAAGUACCAAAGCCCUGUCCCUGACCCAGACCGCCCCAUCACUCCACCACAUUGGUGGGAUCCGGGCUGGCGCAGCCCAGACAAACAAGUAGAUGCAGAACCCGAGGCGCCAGAGGUGCCUCCACCCAAACUGUCUACAGAAUCCAGAGAAGAAAGGAUGCAGAGGUGUCGUCAAAUGUAAUGUGAUUUUUCAUCAUAAUUUAUUAACAACACAAUUGAUUGUAGCUAGUCUCGUCAUUUAUUUAUUCAAUUACUUUCUCCAAAAGUUCACAAUAGUUUACAAUACUUCAAAGUGGUUCACAAU